AUGAAUGCGGCCAAUGUAAAGCCAGACCAACAUACAUACGAACUGAUCAUUGCCGGUCAUUGCAAUGCAUGCGAUCUGAUCGGUGCAACAAAAGUGGUCGAAGUGAUGAAGACCGAAAACAUCCCUGCCACGGAAAGCGUUUUCAGCGCAUUGGCAUAUGGAUAUGCAAAAUUAGGAAAAGAAGAAAACACCACAGAGGUUCUGGAUGUAAUGAAAGGUCGAGGAGUGAACCCGACUCAGGUCACCUACAACUCGCUGCUCAAAGCUUACGCGGAACGCGGGGACAUCGCUAAGUUAAAAUCGGUGAUCGAAAAUGCCCAAUUAUCGAAUCAUUACCUGAACGACGGAAAUCUGCUUAACGCGGUGUACUUGCUGUGCAUUAACGGAUAUGGACAAUUCGUAUAUGAAGUAUUGCAGAAGAUACGCAGAGGCCCUCGAUAUAAUAGUAUGGCGACAAACGUUGCGAUGAAACUGAUCGCCGCCAAACAGUAUGAGAUUGCUUUGCACCUUUUCAAAACCCUCCCUCGUAUGCCAGGCUACAUGGGAGAAUACGAAGAUGUGGGCAGUCGUAUGUUUCUGCAAAUGAUUCGUAUGAAAAUGUCAUCAAAAGAUGUGCUAGAACUGUGCAAGUACCUUCGGAAGGAAAAGCUGGACGCUUUUGCAGAUUUUAAUGCAUUGAAACUUGCUUUUCGCUACGGAGACGCUGAGACAUCUGAAUCGAUUCUUUGCGGAAUGUACGAGGAGAGCAUUCAGAUGCGACCUCACUACUUUUGGCCGUUACUUUGCAUGAGAGAUGUGCGCAAGGACGUCACGUCGAUGUGCCACGUGCUACAAACCAUGGAACAAUGUGACGUCCCUGUCACCUAUGAAACGUUGCUCGAUUGGUUUUGGAGAAAUAUGCCUCCAGCUACAUCGUACGACCAAGUUGCCGAAAUUUUGAAAAACAGUUAUCUGUCGCCCACAGUCCUCUUCCUGUCGCAUAUGGAAAACAUCUUGAAGGCCGGCAAUGUGGAAGCGCUGAGGGCAUUAGUAAAGCAGCCUUGGCCAAUGCUAGGCAACCCGACUAGAAUGACGCGUAGCCUAUGCCGUUUCUUGAUCAGCAGAAGGGAAUACGAUUUGGUCGUGGAGGUAUUGCGUAAGGUCUGCGACAGAACCCUAACCGGUCCUUCGUCAGCUCGCUUCCAAGAUUUUCGAUCAGCGUUCCUUGACUGUCUGAGUUCGGAUACCGAGGAACAGGACAUUAUCGUAAAGGUUUUGCAAUGCAUGGAAAAGCAGAGAUUUGGGCUUGAUCAAGCAAACGUUACAUUUCUGCAAAACGGGGCUUUUGGUGAGCGCUUGAAACUGCCACAGGUCAAGGAAGCCGUCAACGCUCUUCUGGCGAUUCACCCUGAGGUAACUGCUCCAAUUUUAAAUGAUAAUCUUCGCAGAUUCUUAACUUUCUUAAACAGGUUGGUCUAUUGCGGUUUGUGUUUUUUGGGUACCGGUAGCCAGGUAGCUAUUUCGAACACUGCGCUCACCAUUGCGAACCGAGUGUCUUAACU